GAUUGUCGAUAAUUUUGUUUUAUUUUCAUUAAAAGAAAUGAGAAAUAGAAACACAGAAGUUGUCAUCACUUUACUUUGUAUUUCAACAAUAACUUUUUUUAUACUUUAUGACUUAAAAUUUGCCCACAGAUUAAAGAGUAUUCUAGUGUCGCCUAUUGAAAAUCAUUUUCGAAAGGUAGAUUUUAAACACAAAUUCAAAUCCUUGGAAGAAAUACAUUAUUUUAUUAGACAGCAAAUACAUAGCUUACAGGAAGACGGUAACUGUACGGAAAAAAAAAUAUUAUUAUGUCGAAAUCUGGAAGCCUUUAGCGGUUUUGGAUCUAACGUACACAGGUAUGGUGUUUGCAUGCAAGUAGCAUAUGGAUUAGGUAGGAUGUUUUUUAUUCAACAAGAUGAAUAUAGUCACUUUGAUGGCGUAUUUCAGUGGGUUAAACCUGAAUCAUUAAAGUGUGGUUUUCUGAAAAAAGCGACUUUUAUUGACAAAACACAAGUUUGCAAUGCGCAAGACCCUUCGUGUUAUUUAAAGAACGGCUAUGAUAUCAACAAUACCCAUCGCAUUAUUGAGUUUAACAUGGUAGGCACAAAAUUUCCUUAUCCGAGACACAUACCUGGUACAAUACCAGAAGAAUUAAAGCAAAAUUUACUUGAUCUUGGUGUUAAAACUCCCUGGCUUUGGUUUACUUCGCAGUUUUUAGCUUAUCUGCUCUUAAGAUCAAAUAACAAGUUCAACGUAACUUUUUCUGAAAUGAAAAAGAAAAUUAAUUAUGCUUCACCUAUAGUUGGUUUUCACAUCCGACAUGGUGAUAAGAUAACUAGUAAAGAAGCAGAUUAUAUCAACGAAGAUGUUUUUGUAAAAAAAGCAAAUGAUUUUUUUGAAAAACACAAUGUCACCAACAAACGCAUUUAUAUUGCAACAGACGAUAUACCUGCAAUAAAGUAUGUUAACAAACUAACGCCAGGCACUUUUAUAACAGGUCUUCCAACAAGUUAUUUAUCUAAUGCCUUAGGAAACUAUAUACGGAAAAAUUUCCCAAAAGAAAUAAUAGAAAGUACGUUAUUAGAUUUGUACUUUCUUAGUUAUUCUGACUGCCUUGUGUGUGAUAUAACUUCAAAUUUGUGUCGUUUAGCCUUUGAAUUAAAACAAGGGUUGCCUCCUUACAGGCAGAAUAAUAUAUUAAUUCCCGUAGGCGAAGAAAAAGAGGUUUACUACAGAUGGUACGAUUUUGUCUAUCCAUUUUUAUUAUGGAUUACUUCAAGCAACAAACUGUCAUCAAAUCUCAAUGACGUCGUAAGAAAUAUUCGAACUAAUAAAAGAGAAAAUGCUACUUUAGAAUACAAUAAUGGUUUAUACUCCAAAGUAGAAACAAUUGAAAACAAUUCCACAGAUGUGUGGUGCAUUAAAAAAAUAAAUAAUGUAGUAAAACAGGGUUCUCAAUAUAUAUUUAUUGGAAAAGAAACAAAAUAUGUAUACAAAAAUGAUCUUAUGGAGUGGCCAGAGUGUUUCAGAUCAAUGCUUGAACAUGCUGUAAUUUCUUCACCUAUUAUUAAUACUCAAUAUCCUACAUGCUGCCCGUCAGUUAGUCAUUCUCCAACUUUUGUAAAUGAAGAUGCUGAUGUUAACAUGGUUGUUAUUUUUUGAAUUAGUAUUAAUUGGAGUAUAAGCUUGAUCGAAGAAGAUCAACAUUCAAAAUAUUAGUAUGAUUUAAAUUUUGAAUACCCUGUUUUUAUACUGAAAAGACUCCUAUAUUGAUCUUGAUGUUUCACAUCAGCCAUGAGUAUCAUAUCAAAAAAAUAAAAACCAUUGAAAAGUCAUUUAAUAUAAUAAAAUGAACUUUGAUGUCUAAUGUUUUUUAUAUAAAUAUAUAAAAUUAAAAUUAAAUUUUCAGCUUACGAAUUAUUAUCAAAUGAUUUUAAUAGUUUUUUUUUUUUUUUUUUCAUUUUUUUAGCCAAAUGAAGAUUUUGCAACUGAAUUAUUUUAAUCAAUUUUGUCAAA